CUUUGCUUCGGUUGAAUAGAUAUUGAUAGUACCUGGAAUGAAUGAAUCAUUCGAUAGAGUUUUUUCCAACUUCAUCACGUCUACAUACCAUACAUCCUACACUUUCUAAUUACAUCUAUGUUCGAGCGUAUAUAUACUCAUUUCCAGUUAUUAAAGCAAGAUCAAGAUAAGCAACAACGUUAUCAAGUGUCGAACUUCCAAAUGGGGCAAAGCUGCAAAAGUGUCAACCAAACCUGCAACCCAAAUUCCGUCCCGGCCAACCUGCAGUAUAGAGCCGCAAAGCUGCAAAGGCGAGCCAGAACACCUCUUGCGACAAACAGCAGCUGAAAA